AUGAAUUCUUUUUAAAUUUAAUUAGUACUUUUACUUCUUUUUGUUGGUGUUCAAAGUAUUGAUUAAUGCAAAGAGUAUGACACCUAUUAAGCUUGCAUUAAUAGUGAUGUUGAAUAAUGCAUGUGGCUCAACAACAGAAAUCUUUGCUAAAGAACCAAUGACUAUUUAUAAGGCUGCAGUAUAACCAUGAAUAAGAGAGCAUGCGUCAAACAAAUCGGCAACGCCUAAGGUUAACCAGCUAAAUGUACUUCAUCCAAUCUAACCAAGGUCGUUUUAUCAAUGUAUGUGAAGUAAUUCCAAAUAUCAAAACAGAGGAAUGCUUAAACAAUUUGUCAAAGUCCGCCUGCAUAGCUAUUCAAAACCCUGAGUAGAUUUGCUAUUGGAAGGAUGAUAAAUGUUAAGUAUUGUAUCAAAAUCAAUGGAGUUAAGUUCAAAAAGAUUUUGAUUCAGUAGCAUAUAGUGCAUCUGCUUGUUUUUUAAUUGAGGGUUAUUUGAUAAUACAUAAUACUCUCUUAUGGGAUUUAAUAUCAUAUACUCCUAAUUUGUAUGAGGAAGCAGACAAAAUCUUGAAAAAGGAAAUGGGUUUAGAGGUAGGUGGCGAUAUUGUUUUUGAUAAUCCAAAUGCAGUAUCUUUGCAAAACAACUAUUAAUUUUAAAAUGGAUCUUAUGCAUGGUACACAAUUAGAGAGUCUAAAGAAAUUAAAUUAAGCAAUCGUAACUAUUGACAUAUAUUGUAUUUAGUGUAUAAAUCGUAUCGUUAUAGGGAAGGAUGUAUAGCAAUAGAAAUAUAAAACGAUACUGACUUUUUGAAUCUUUUUAGGUUAACAGACUAGGUUAGAGGGAUCAAUCAUAUUUAUUGCAAAUAUUUAAAUAAAAAUCCAAGCAUAACAAGCCAAUUUGUAUAUUCAGAUAGAGUUUGCAAGAUGUUUAACAAAGAAGAUUUGAAUAAGUAAAAUAAAAUUUUGGAAUUGGAUUUGGGUUGCAAGUCCAUCGAUUAUUUUCAAUGCAUUUAUUAUUAUUCAAAUACAAAUAUUUGCAGAUUGAGGGGAUAAGAAUACGAAUAUCCCUGUGUGAAUCAAGAAACUGAUUAUGUAGCAGAUUGUCUUAAUACUUAUUGUACAGUUAGAUAAUGUUCAAAAUAAGCUGACUAUUAUAUGGAUACGUUGACCAAUAGAUGCAGUAAAAGUUGUUCCUUAGCUUUAAUCAAAACAUAAUCCUCUUGUGAAGCAAUAAAGGGCUGCAAAUUUUUAGCAACAUCUAACAUAUUUUUUGUUAAAGUUUGUGCUCCAUAAAAUGGGUGUGAUUAGUAAGGUAUGCAAUAGUUGUAUUGUUAAUAAAUUUUGGAUCAAUGUGGAUGGGAUCAGCAAUAUUAAAGGUGUUAUCGAGUAUCUGAGGAAGAAUUUAAAUUGAAGAAGUGUAGCGAAGCAUUUAAUGCAAAAUCUUGUAUGUUGGUGGAAUUAAGUGAUUAGGUGUGCUAUUGGGAUUAUUCCAGAAGGAUUUGUUUCAAUAUUUUAGAUUAUCCAUUAUUGAUUUCUCAUAGGGCAGUGUCAGAUUAUGAGUUGUAUACAUUCGAAAGAUAUCGUUAAACAAUAAGUAAUAGAAACUUCUGCAAAUAUCUAUAAAACGUCUCUUCAGAAUAUUUAACAAACCUGGGAAAAUGUACAAUAGAUUCAAGAACUUUUGUUAAUGACUUUAAAUAAAUCAAUAGUUAUUCUUGCCUCAGGGCUUAAUCUGGAUAUUGCAGAUGGGAUUCCUAUGAGUAGAUUUGUAUAAGCAUUUCUGAAACUGAAGUAAGGGAAUUAAACUGUUUGGAACAAGAGCUUGUUAACGAGAAAGUAUGUCAAAAAGCAAAAACAAAUCCAGAUAUGAUUUGUGUGUAUGAUUAAGAAAGCAAUUCUUGUAAGGAAAUAACAAAAUCUGAAUUUGAACUUUAUGGAUGUGAAGGAUAUGGUUUUACAAAGAAUUUAUGCGUAAGUAAGUAGAAGCUUGGAGAAAUGUGUCAAUUUUCAGCUGGAAAGUGCAGAUUCAUUUCUGAAUCUUACAUCAAUUCGAUUCUAUGUUCCUCCCUUUAAAAUGUAAAUGCAUAGGUUUGUUAAUUAUAUUCAUCUUCUUCUAAAGUGUGUUUAUACGAUGAAACUACUCAUUCUUGUUACACUCCAAGUAGCUAUGCUGUAUUGAGUUACUCAGAAAACCUAAAUCGUUACGGUUGUCAAUAAGUCGAAGGAUCUCCUACUUUUUUUAGUUCAGAUUUGAAGAAAUGUAUUUAGCUAAGCAAUCAGAAUACAUCUGCAUUAUCAAAUUUGGAAUGCACGUCAAAUUUUGUUAAUCAACAAACAUGUUUGUCAAUCAUUAAACCUGAUUAACAUUGUUUUUGGGAUGCUUCAUCAAAGCAAUGUAAAAAAUAUUCUGGAUAUUUUAUCAAUUGUGCAGAGUAUGAAAAGUAUAAUCCCCGCGUAUGCGCAGCACUUGUCUCUGAUAUGACUAAAUAGUUUAUGAAAGACAAUUUUUGUGUUUUUGAAGAUAACAUUUGCAAAAGUAAAUCAAAUACUAUUACUGAUUGCGGAGAAUCUGAAUAAAUGAAUUUACAUAGAUGUAGUGGGUUAACUGGAUUGAGUCAAACAGGAGAAUAUAUUCAAAUGUGUGCAUUUGUAAAUAGUAAAUGCAAGACUUUAAUCGAUAAUUCUUUGAAUGCUUAUAUUUACUUAAAUACAAUAUCUUGUCAAUAAGCUAAUUUGAAGGCAUGUACAAGAGUAGAAACUAAUGGAUAAUAUUGCUAAUUAAUUGAUUAUGUCUCCUCAAAUAAUGUUGUAAUUGAUAAGAAAUGCAUAUCCAUAGUUACAACCACAGAAACUUGUUCGACUAUCAAAACCAAUUAUUCUGUAAACGUGAUUAAUCCUCAUCAUUGUUCAAGGGCAAGUGAUAGUUGUUAGUAUGAUACAACUAAUGGAUGUAUAUCCCCAACGAAUACUAAUUUAGAAUGUAAUACUUUAGGACUAUCUUAUACGGGAUGUAUACUGAAUACACAAAAUCAUAGAUGUGGUUUUAUUAAUAGCAAAUGUCAAUAUUUAACACAAAAUUUAGUUGUUUCCGAUUGCAAAUACUUAAAUCAAUUUUCUUGCUCUUACUAUGCAUUCAUUAAAUGCUAUUGGAAUGGUUCACUUUGUGCUGCUUCUACUAAUGAUACUACACAAUAUGGAAGCGAGUACAAUUGUUAUCUAAAUACAAGUAGUACUUUUAUAGUUUCGAAUGGAGUAACAUGUUAGACAAUAUAAUUAUCUAAUUAUGAAUAAUAUUCCUGUGAUAGUAAAUUAAAUCAAUUUGCAUGCGGAUCAAUACCAAAUUAAUAUUGUUUAUUUGUUUAAAAUAAGUGUUAGUUUUAUAGAUCAACACUCUGUGAAGAUUCCUCACAAACUUGUAGUGACAAUAAUACUGUAAAUUUGAAAUGUGUAUAUAAAGACAGUAAAUGUUUUGAUCAUCCUCAUACUUAUUAUAGUUGUGAUUUCUUUGACAAAAGCAAUUACUUAUUUUGUUUGCAAUACCCUGAAUGUGCCUAUUUUAAUUAGAAAUGUUAAAAAGUGAAUUAAAUAUCUGUCUAUUAUUAAUGUAGUUCAUUGUCAUCACUACAGAAUUGUGUCCUUUAAAAUAAAUAGUUAACUUGCUCCUGGUAAUCAGGAUAGUGUGUUGUUUUUAAAGGCACAUCUUGUCCUUCUCUCAACGGGUUCUAUUCAUUUAAUGUAUGUCAGAAAUUCCAAAAUUGUACAUAUGGAUUCGCUAAGAGAGGAUUAGGAUUUUGUUAUUCCGGCAACAAUUUUGAGUCUCUAACAUGUGAAUAAUUAAACUAAGACCUUUGUAUAGAGGACUUAACUCAUCUGAACUCUUCUCUUUAGUGCUAUUGGGAUUAAUCAUGCAAAAAUGUCUAGAACAAUCAUAUUACUUAAUGUACAGAUCUAAGUUCAUUUAAAUCCAGUUAUGGAGCAUGUAAUUACUUUAAUUAAGAAUAAUGUAUGUAUUCAUUUAUAGAUUAAAAAUGUAAAUCAAUUUCAGAAUAUAUCUCCACUACUUGCUAAGGAACUACAGCUAAGUAAUGUUCAUCAAUCCAGAAUACUUGUUAUUAUGAUGGAUCCAUUUGUUCAGCAGAAGGAGCCUAAAAUUAAUUAAAUAAAUAUGGAUGUAUUCAAUAAUCAGGAACUUGGAAGUUUGAUUAUUUUAAAUGUACUCAGAUAACUGAUGAAGUUUAGAAGAGUUGCACUAAUCUCUCUAAGGAUGCCUGUUUAAGCAAUCUAACUAAAGAAAUUAGUUGCUAAUGGAAGGAUAACAACUGUUAGAGAGUUCUCUAGACACAAAACAAAUAACUGACUUCUUGUGCAAAUCUAAAUUAAAGAGCAUGCUAAAACGUUGGUUUAUCCAAUGUUUUUUGUGUUUGGAAUGAGACAACUAAAAAUUGUGAUUCUCUGACCAUCUCAAAUACUGAUUGCGUUGCCUAGAAUCUUGCAGUAACUACAUCCUUGAGUGUAUGCAGUGGAUAAACAAAUAAGAAUUGUGCUAAACAUUAUGAUAAUACAAAAUGCACUGAAAUAAAUGUACAACUUUCUAGUUGUAAUCUUUACGGAUUAAACCAAAAAGCUUGUAUCUAAUUUACAAGUGUGCCUUGUCAAUGGAAAUCAAUUAAUGAUGGAGGAUAUUGUGAUGAUGCAAAUUUAUAUUCAGCAUUUUGCAGGGAUUUAAUUAAUAAAUACGCUUGUCUUAAUGUUUAAACUGUUGGAUAGGUUUGCAAAUGGGAUGAAAUAACUUAAUCAUGUAUUGAUUAAUAGAUAAGUACCUGUGAAUCUGCAUCCAACCUUAAUUCUUUUUAUGCUUGCAAUGCGGUGACAGAUGAGCCUUGCUAAUAUGAUCCAAUAUCUAUGUUAUGUAGUAAAAUUCUUUAUAUUCCUAAAUCUUGUUCCAUCAAUUUCAACAAACAAACUUGUGAAAUGUGUUUAGAUAAUUGUGUCUGGUACUCUAAUCGAUGUAUUACUACUCCUUAUAAGAAUUGUUAGCAAUAUGCUACCAAAUCUAAGUGUCUUGAAAGUGAAUCGAUUAGUUGUCAAUGGGUAAACAAUAUAUGUGCCGAUUUUAAUGAUCUGUCUAAUAAAAUAUUUUGUAAAGAUCUUCCUUUAAAUAUCAAUACAGCUGCUUGCACGAACAAUGCCCUUGAUCCGUGCAGGUAUGAUAAAAAUUCACCAGCUUGCUUACCAGAUUAGAACAUUUUGCAAUAUACAUUAUAGAAAAUUUAAACCUUAAUAUUUAUGCAACCUGCUGAUUAUAAAUCUCCAAUUUUAAGUGGUAAGUGUGAAUAACUUCUCAUAAAGGAUUAUUGUAUGAAGUCUCGUAUUCCAGAUACGGCAUGCAUUUGGAAGGAUUCUACUUGCCAAGUGGUUACAGAUUUGAAUGAAAUUUCAUGUACUGACCAUCUUAAUAUUUGGGGAUGUUUGAAAGUAAGUAAGGAAAAUGAGUUGUGUUUUUGGAGAGGUUAAAAAUGUCUAAGAUGGUUCCCAACCAUUACUUAAAUGGAAAAUGUAAAUAAGAAUGUAUGCAAGUACCAUAGCGUUAAUCGUGUUUAUGAAAGAAAUUCUUGUAUAAAGAAAGACAUCUCAACUAUCUAAUGCACAUCAGAAGGAAUAAGCAAAUAAACAUGUUUAUCGAUUACAAAUUAGCAAUGUUAAUGGACUGAUUAAUGUGUUGAAUUCACUCUAUCAAAAGAACAUUAAUGUUCAGACUUCAAAGAUGUGUCAUCAUUUGUUUGCCAAAUGAUUCCUAAUAUGGCUUGUGUGUAUGAUGAAGAGAAUAGAAGUUGCGUUGAUUUUUCAAAUGACUUUGUUGGCUUGGGAGUUUCUAAAUAAGCAUGUAUUAAAAAUAAGAGAAUCCCUUCUCAUUGGAAUGGAAAUGUUUGUUAGGAGGUGACUGACAAAAUUGAAUGCGAUUCUUAAUUAAUUGUGAAUGCAUAUACAUGUAGCAAUCAGGUUCAUAAUACGCCAUGUAUUUAUGAUACUAUCAGCAAUUAAUGCACAAGUCUAUUUAACGCUUGGUCAUUGAAAUGCAAUACUGAGGGAUUGAAUUUCUUAGGCUGCGUUUAACUCAAACAAGAACCUUGUAUAUUUAAAGAUAAUAAGUGUCAGCUAUUUCGUGAAAUGUAAAGUAGUUGUAUGUUCUUGAGUCAAGUCAAUCCAAAAGCAUGUGCAUCCAUCUAGGAUCAUUAUUGUUCGUAUGAUCAAAUCAAUCACAAAUGCUAAACUCCAUAAGUCCCUUAAGUUAAUUGUAACAUUUAAGGAAUAAACAAAAAUGUUUGCAUAGCUAAUGCACUUUGUAUGUGGAACCAAGAUAAUUUAGAUUGCAAGUGCAAAUCUGUAUAAGAAACAGAGGCUUGUUAAGAAACCAAUGUAGCUAAAUGCAAAUCAUAAAGCAGAUGCUAUUUUGAUUUAGAUUAGUAUAGGUGUGUGAAGAAAUAAUGCUAUCAUUUAAAGGAUGACGAGUGUGAUCAAAUUAUGGAUAAUAAAACUUGUUAUAGAAGUGUUAAAAGAGGUUGUUAACCAGCGGUGAUAUGUGAGGAUAUCAUCGAUCCAAAAAAUAAUUGUACAUCAAUUUACAUUAAUUCACAGCCUUGUGUUUAGGUAGGAAAAUUGUGCGUUACAUCUACAAAUUAUAAAUUAUUAUGUCCAUAUUCUGAUUGUUCCAAUACCAAUUGUAUUUUGUAUUAUGGAACUUGCAAAAUGAGAACAUGCGACGACUAUAAUGCUUAAGAUUGUCAAAAAAAUGAAGGAUGUUAUUUGGAUUAAGAAAACAAUUGUCUAGAUUUACAGAGAUGCAGUUAGAUUACUGUAGAUAUUUAUGGUGAGUAAGUCAUUAAUGUUUGUAACUAAUCCUCUGUGGGUGGUUUUAAAUGUAAUUGGUAGAAGUAUCAUUUAAUGGAUGAUACUGAAACGUGUACUAAUAGGUCAUGCGAGUAUUAAUUAUUUAUUUAUAUUUAGAAUGUAUGGUGCAUCUUAGACUAUUUGUUAAGGAAAUGAGAUCAAUGGGUAUUCUUGUGUGUAUUUAAACGAUUUGGUUUGCAAGUAAUGUGAGUAAAUCACUGAAUCUUGUUUGUGCAAUCAAUAAAAAAAUGUUUGCGUUUACAAGAAUGGAAAGUGUAGAUCUAUUUUGUGUUCCUCCCUUUUGACUAAGGAGAACUGUGCUCAAGCUUCAGAUCGCUGUUAUUGGAGCACUUAUGAGGAUGCGAGCAAUGUGCAAUAAGAGGCUUGUUUAAUAGAGUGUGAGAAAGUGUUGAAUGCAGAUGAAUGCAACAGCAGAAUAAAUGAGUGUUACUUCGAUAACCAGAAUGGGUUAUGUAUAAAGGGGAAGAAACAAAUUCCCGAUUUGAGUUCUGAGAUUUUCAUUGAGGAGUUCUAUUCUGUCAUGCUUACAAUAUUCAUAUGUCUGAAUAUGAUUAUUUACGUAUGA